GAGGGAGAUCAGCUUGCUGCAGAAGCUGUCCCACCCCAACAUUGUCAGGUACCUCGGCAUCUGUGUGAGGGAUGAGAAGCUGUAUCCGAUCCUGGAGGUGAGAGCCAAGGAGAGCCCAGGCUAGAGCUGAGCUGAGCUGAGUGUGAGAGUGGGGAAGGUCCUUAUCAUCCAUCCCCUGGCUUCCACAGGACUCCUCCAACCCUGGCCUGACUAGUGAGACUCUCUCUCUCUGGUGAUAACAGCCCCCAUGGGAGGAAAGCCCCAGACCCCUUGUCUGAUGCUCCCUGUCGUCCCAUUCCACAGGAGAGAAGACAGCUCAGAGAUGGGCAGUAUGUAAAUGGUGGCUGCUUGGAAGAACUGCUGGCCAGAGCUGAGGUACCUCUGAGCUGGAAGGAGAAGGUGGCUCUGGCCUGUGACAUUACCAGGGGCAUGGUGUAUCUACACUCCAAGAAUAUUUAUCAUCGGGACCUAAACUCCAAGAACUGCCUGAUCCGUGUUACAUCUCGGGGCCGGGAGGCCCUGGUUACUGAUUUUGGUCUGGCCCGGGAAGUGGUGGAGGUGCCUGCCUCAGACCCUGAGAGGAAGCUGUCCUUGGUGGGCUCUGCCUUCUGGAUGGCCCCUGAGAUGCUCCGGGGGGAGCCAUAUGACCGGAAGGUAGAUGUGUUCUCAUUUGGCAUUGUCCUAUGUGAGAUCCUGGGUCGGAUUCCUGCUGACCCUGAGGUUCUUCCCCGGACACAGGACUAUGGACUAGAUGUGGCUGCGUUCCAAGGGAUGGUCAGUGAGUGCCCUUCACGUAUCCUAGAUCUGGCUGCCAGCUGCUGCCGGUUGGAAGCUUUGAAGCGGCCAUCCUUCACUGAGCUGCUGGAAGAACUGGAGGAGAUGGCCGAGAUCCUGGACUCCCAAACAGCCAGUUAGCUUUUGGGGUGUGAACCUCGGUGCCUGCUCCCACCUGACCCUCCUGUAGGGACAGACAGGGCUUCCUACGUGACUGAGCCGUAAGCAGAUCCAGAAGGGGACGGUAUCCUGCCUCAGCCUCCAUGGACUUGUUUGAGCGUGAGCUGCGGCUGCUUUCUUAGAAGACUUGGUGACAAAAAGAGUUCAGCAGAUAAUACGGAGAGAGAGUUAUUACAGAAAUAACUCAGAUGGGAACAUUUUCUGGGCCCUUUUGAAGCAAGAGACUUAAAGACUCGUUUGUAAUAUAAAUAGCCAGAAGUGCUCACAGGAUGGAUGGAGGUGAUCAGAUGUCAGAAUUCUACUUUCGCCUGUGGGUUCCAUCCUGAGCACCCUGGAACCCCAAAACUAGUAUGGUAACCAAGGGCCAACACUCGUUUUGGGGAAGGCCAGAGCUGAAAGUCGGUCAAGGGCAGGAACUGAAACUCAAGAGUCUCUAGCCAGCUCCUUCCGCAGCCUCACCAGCUACCUUCUAACCCUGGAGAAGUGUCCACUCUGGGCUCCUGCUUCCCUGACUGGUGACUUCCUCUUCUGGACCACUGUGUCAAGAAAAGUCUCAGCUAGCCUCGAUUUUUACCCCCUGCUCUCUGGACAGCUCCUCUUAUCCCUGCGCAUGGGUACCCUUUCUUUUUCUUCUCUCUGUCCCGUGCCCUCCCUUCUGGAACCUUGAGCCAUGAUUCCAUUAACUCUGGCGGUGUUCUUUCUCCAUUGACUCCUCCAGACCCGGCUCAUGAUCUCUCUAACCAUCCCACCUAAGUGACCUUUCCUGGCCACCACCCUUCUUUGGGUAUAGAAUUAGAAUGUAAGAUCACUGAGGCCAGGGACUGUCUUUACUUUUUGUAUUUGUAUCUCCAUCACUUGAGCGGAUGAAUGAUGGACAGGCAGGUAGGAAGUUAGGAGAAAGAGUUCCUGAGCGAUUAAGAGCCACUGAACUGUGGGCACCAUCUCAAGGUCAUAGCUAUCUCUUAUCUCGUCUGACUCCUCGGAAAGCCCAUCCCCCAAUGAUCAAAGGCCUGAGGCUGCAGGUUCCAAACCUGACCUCUCUGGUCUGUCCAUGAGGAAGCCAAGAGGGCUGCAAGGAGGAGGAGAUCUGUCCAAAAAGCCAAAUUCCACUCCCCCUCCCUCCUUUGACUUGGGUGCUUCCCUGGAAGGAAGUGUCAGUAGAAUCUGGAAAUGAGCUUUCCAGAGCCAGGAGCCACCUUGUUGCUACAGAGGAUAUACCCAGUCAACUCGGAAACCUUUCCUGUGGGUAGCAAUGAAAUGCUUAUCUCUCCCUAGGAUUUACACCCCCACAUAGAUGGACGUUCACUCUUGUGUACAUGUCUUCCCUCCUGCCUUUAUAAGACACUGUGUCCUAACAUUCUCUGUCUAGGUGUCUCAUUCCUUAGUCUGGGUCUCCUCUCAUUCUGCCUGUGUGUCUCUGGGAGGAGAGACUUUCAUAAGCAAAACCCCAGCAGCCUGACCACCCAUGGGUGGGUGUCUAAUGCUUGUUUACCUAUGGCAGCUUCUUCCUUCCCCCAUACUUUCCAAAGAGCAAAAUAGUUUGUAACCCUGUGAACUGUUGUUUUUCCCAAUACUGUCACCUUGAAAGCCCAGCUAGCUUUCUUUGUGGGACAGUGAAGCUGGAAUGGACAAGGGAUAUCCAAACAGACCAGGGGUAACAUGGGGAGCACAAAACAGGAAGCCUGGCUGGCAAGCUUCGGUCUUGCUGGGUGAAUUUGAAAAAGUCACUUAAAACUCUCUGGGCCUUAUUUUCUCCAUGGGAUUAAGAGGGGCCUGCCAAAGUUUCUCCAAAUGUUCUGGAUGAGGUAUGACUUGCCAUGGAUGGGGAGGGAUUGCAGGCACCACCUGGGUGGUUGGACAACAUCUGUGUACCCCCCCCCCCCAUGGGGCUGAGGAUGGGGGAGAAUUCUGUGAAUCCAUGGAUCUUGGUUGUCAAACGUAACCACCAGAUGGCUUGGGGAGAGGGAGGAUGGCCUGGGCAAGGUCAGGAACAUGUGCAAACACAGCACGUACUCCAGAACUGCUCUGGCCCUGCUCCCCUGACCCAAGGUCCCAGGAAAUGUCUCCCUAAACAGAGGAAAUAAAGCUUGUUGAAUUUGAUAAA